ACAACGUGACACUAUUUAUGUUUUAGUAGUUGAGCACAUGGCUGUAUAUUGAAUUACACUAAAUGGAUAUUUCCGUAUUUGAUAUUGAAUUAAUUUCUCUAAAACUGCUAUCACAUAAUGAUCAUUCUAAUGCAUAAAUGAUACCAGUAGGUUUUUAAACCUCAAGGGAUUUUGCUCUUAUUAAUAAUUAUUUCAAAUUAACGGUAAUUUAUAAUAAUAACCUUUCAUUUUCAUAAAAUCAUUAAAAAAUGUAUCGUCAACAUCUGACUUAAUCUUACGUCUUAUUCUUCAGUCAGUCUUCAGCGACUUCAACUUCAGUCAGUUUUCAGACACUUUAGUUUCAGUAAUUUAAGUUAUUCACUCUCACUUUUCAGAUUUAUUUUAACAGUUUCAUGAGAUUCUAAUUCAAUUUCAAUCAUAAUCAUUAUUCAUUAUUUCAUUGAGAAUGAGAAUGGUUUAUUAAUCAAAAUCUAAAUCUAUAAUAAUAAAAAUAGUAAUAGUAAUAGAUAGGAUUAUUAUAUAAAUUAUAAACUAUUAUUAAUAAGUAACUGGGUAUAGCGAGUUAAGUCCAGUGUGAAUUAUAGUUUGCACAGGGCCAGGGCUCAGUUUGUUAUGCACAUCACAUCAUUAUCAUGUCAAUCUUCUUGUUCAAUUUAUUCUAAAAUAUCAACAUUUCUAUACGUGAGACAUUGUAAGAAAAUCUGAAGCAUAACAAAACUGAAAAUCUGAAACUGAAAGUUUGUGACUCUUUCUUGCUUGCUUUCAACUUUAAACCUGUAUGAUAAUAAAGAAAUUCAAUAACACUGAAUGGCAUACAAUAAAAUGGGAAAUGACUGAAAAUAAAGUGUUUGAUCGCUUAUGAAGGCUUUUUGUCGACAUAUUCGUUGUUUUUUAGCGUUUUUUUUUUUUUUUUAGGUUUUCCCAUCCUUUGUUUUCACUCAUUUCCUUUUUUGCUAACCUGAUUGCAGUCUCUCCCCUUUAUUACUGACAUUUGACAUACAAUAAAAAGAUAGGCUCAUUCUUAUCGUCAUAUGUGAUUUAAGUGAUAGAGAUAUAGACUUAGAGACAUAGACAUUUUAGAAGCAAAUUCAUACAUAUAUGAUAUAGUACACAGAUUCAGAAAAAAUUAGUAGUACCAAUAAUUGAAAAUUUUUAAAACAAGUUUUAUAGUUUCAACAAGUUUUUUUUUUUUUUAAAUGCACCUGUAAAAAAUUUUUUUUGCUCCAUAAAAAUUGUGAAGUUUUAUUAGAAUAAUUGUCAGUAAAAUUUUAUUUUAUUGAGUUUGCGACCCUGCUUCCCAUCUACCCAAUGUUGUUUGCCAAGCAUGAAUUUCAUUGACGAUGAUAUGAAAAUGGUGUGAAGCAAGUAAAUUUAUGUUGGCCUUUGUUCACCAAAUUGUAUUUUAGUGAGACUUAGUGGUAUUUUUUAUUAUGACCUUAUUUAGGGGCCUAAAAUUGUUAACAAAUCAGUAAGAUACAUUCCCAAACCUUUACAAUGCCAUUAAACUAUAAAGGCCUACAACUUAUUUUGUGUAUUUUAAAGAUGUAGAUUGAAGACAUAGAUCAUAAAAAACGUUCUGGAAAUAUUAUUUUAAUGAAUAUAGUUGUUCAUAGCGACAUGUAAUGAAAUAAUUUUAUACAACACUCAUAGAUUAGUGGGGUUGACAGCUCUGUGUGUGUCCUGGGGCAGUCUUCCAGCAUUUAAGUAUAAUUUAUAAACUGAACUUAACAAUGCACUUGAAAUCUUUAAAAUACAAAAAUUCCAUAUUUCUACAGUUUUAGGGACUGAGAAAUAGCACUGCCCUACUGUCAAUAGGCUAUAAUGGAUCAGAACUGGAGCAAACUUCAGAACAUUCUUGAUGCCACCAUUCUUCAGGCUGUUGGUGAUUUGAAUUUUUCUAAAAUGACACCAGUACAGGUAAUAUUAUUGGCUAUAUGUUUAUUAUCGUACAACUGAUCAUGGUUGUCAUUUUACAUACUCUUGAACAAUAUAUAUUUAAUACUCAUGACUAUGCUUACGAUUAUUUGCUCCAACAGUUUGCAUACCAUGCUGUUGAGGAAUAUCAACGAUAGUUGGCUGGGUCGGAAUGCUCCCCUUUCUUGUAGAUUGGAGUGACAUGCACUGUUCUCCAGUCUGUGGGAACAUUGCCUGUGCACAGCGACGAUUCGAAGAGGAUUGUCAGUGCAGGAGCGAUUUCUUUGGCUAAUUCUUUGAGCACUCAUGGUUUGAUGUUGUCAGGACCAAAUGCUUUGUAGGGGUUAAUGGUUUUAAGGCGGGCCAAACCCUGCUCUGAAAUCUGGAUAUUUUCCAUGACGGGGUAGGCUCUGUUCACUAUGUUGGUCUUCAGAAGGAACUCGGGCUCCGAGUAUGCUCUACCAUCACCAAAGACCGACUGGAACUGCUGAUUGAGUAUGUCAGCCUGUGCUUUUGGGUCAGAUGUCAAAUGGCCAUCCCACCUCAGGGGGGAAACUCCAGCGUUUGAGGACUUUUAGUGUUUCACAUAGCUUCAGAAGCACUUGUUCUUGACACCCUUGGUCGGAGGCUCUUCCUCUGAGAAGAUGCCAUUGAGGUAGUUCCAGUAAGAUCUGCGCAAUAAGCAUUAGAUGGUUCGGCGGAGCCUCAGCACCUCUCUCAGUUCAACCGAGCCAUUUUUCUUCAAUCGCUUGUAUUGGCGGUCUCUCCUGUGGAUGAGCCUACGGAUUUCAGCCGUGACCCAUGGCUGAUUUAUCUUAGGUUUGGUGGUCUUGUGUGGUAUGAAUUUCUUCACUGCAUCAUUGAUUAUCUUAAACUUCACCCACAGCUCUUCUGUUGUCGCUGUACCCUGAAUCUCCUGCAUGUUUGAGCUCAGCUCUGUCGUUGCACUACUCAGGCUGUCCCAGUCUUCCUUGGCAUAAAUUGGGAUUUCUCAUAUGAUCUGUUUCUUUUUAAGUGUGUUGACCUGAAAUUCACAAUAUGGCAUGCAGUGGUCUGAUAUCACGGGGAUGAUUUCAACUUUUGGGAUGCGAUGUGGACAGUUGGUGAGGAAUAGGUCAAGAGUGUUUCCCAACCCUUGUAGGCUCUUUAACCAGCUGUUUCAGACCAUAGUUGUUAAUCAUCUCCAUGAAUUCUUAGUGUAGGACAGGGUAUGGGGACUGGGGCUUCAAGGCAUGAAUCUGCCAGUUCCAACAAGGAAAGUUAAAAUCCCCACCUAUAAGGAGCAAAGCGUUCUUCGACUGUGUUGCUCUAUGAAGCGAUACCUCGAGCCUCCUCAGGCUUGGUUCAUCUGCUGUGUUGGGUCAAAACGUAGAGUGUGCGUCUACCCUUCAGUUUCACUUUCACCCACAGAAGCUCGCAGUUAUCAACAUCAAGUUCUGGAACAGCGUGGCAGUCCAGCAACAAGUACUCCUCCUCCUCUGUCUUUUCUGUCUCGAUGGAAUAAGGAUUAUUAGUGUAUUACAAAAUACCGGAAUACAAUACUGAAAUGGGAUUAAAAAAAUAGGCGAGUCUGUUAAGGUUUUUAAAUAAAGAAUUUAAAUUUAUGAUCCCCGACUAGAUGGUCACAUCCUUCUCUAGAGAAAUGAAAUGAUCUCAAGCCUUAUGUUGAGUCAUUAAUACAAUUUUGUUAGUACUGGUAGUUUUCAAAAGGAGAAUAACCAGUGGGCGUGUUUAUUUUUUUGCAGGCAGCUUGUAUUCCUCAGUUUGUUAGCAAUAAAGAUGUGGCUGUUGAAGCUGUAACAGGUAGUGGAAAAACUUUAGCGUUCGUUGUACCUAUGAUGCAAAUGCUUUGCAGAAGUGAGGUGCCAAUUAAAAAACAUGAGGUAAGACAUUUGAUAUACUCUUUGUUAAAUAUUCGUGUUUAUGUUUUAAAAACAAAAGAUCCCUUCUUCUACUUUAGAUUAGUACGGCCACUAGGGCUAUGUCUAGGGUAUGACUAUAUAUUUCCUAAUUAAGUACUGAAAAUUAAUCUCACUCCACACUCACUUUAACAUUCAAUGACACUCUCACUAGCUCUCACUUCUAUUAAUACUAUAAAUAUACUAAUAAAACAAAGGUGGUUCAGCCCGCAAAUAAAUAUUAAAUUACAAAAAAAAAAGAAUUAUCUACAUACACAUUACUUAUCUUUACACAUAUAAAGGAUAACGAGAUAUACUGCCCAAUAUUAUUAAUUAUUAUGUUCCGACUGGCGUAGGUCCAACACACAUACACACAGCUGCCUUGAUGGUUUGGCCUCCCUUUCGCUUUGGUCACUGGUCACGGCGCACUGCGGGCGUCUCGGUGGCGUAACUGGUUUCAGGUCACUCCCGUCUCUGUUUUUCUAAUAGGCCUAAUGACUCAACUGUACUGAGUGGUCUAUACUCUGCGGUAUACUAUACCGACUGUACUAAGUUCUAAUGUACUGAACUGUACUCAACUGUACUGAGUCUAAAUUAGCUCACUAUACUGAGACUAAAGUCAACUGUACUAUUUGUACUAGCUCAAGCUAACUCAAACUGUACUGGUACUAACUCAGACUAGACCAACUGUUACUAACUCAACUGUUACUUACUGAACUAUUACUUACUGGCUAGAAAUGAGAAUAACAAAUACAACACAUAGACAAGACAUAGGUAAACAAUUAAAAUCACAUCACAUUAUUAAUAAUCAAUCAUACUCAACAGUAAGUAUAGUCCUAACAUUUUCUUAAUAAAACUACAAAUACAAUUCUACAUACCGGUACUCAUGAAUAUGAAAAUUAACAAUACUAACCCAAUACAAUCUGGAUAAACAAACUUUAUCAACUAAUUAUGCCAGUUAGGCUCUACUGACAGACUUAGGUGAAAGAGGGGGAUAAAUGAUUAAGGCCUUCAAUAUAUAUACUCCUGUUUGGUGUCCUGUCCCGCUUUCAAGCGUCGCGUUCAGCAUCGCGGUGACCAGGUUAAUUUCCAUCGUUCAUUGAGUCAUUGUUAUUAGUGUAAGGCCCAGCCUAAUUGCGUAAUGUCACGUGGGGUAACGAUGGAGAGAGUGUGAGCCAGAGGGUCUCACUAAGGUGAGGACCAGCGGGUCUCAACACUCUUAUUAUUACAAACUUACUUUAAUGAUAAUGGUAGAAUAAUUUUAAAUAGCAUUGAAUGCAUCCAUGUCGUUAAUAUUUUUCAGCCUAUGUGUUUUAUGUCCUUAUCAACAGAUCGGUGCUAUCAUUCUGACACCAACAAGAGAGCUGGCAUUUCAGAUCAAUGAGGUGGUCCUGCAUUUCAUUAAGUUCUUACCACAGUUUUCCUCAUGUCUUUUCAUUGGAGGAGAAAAGCCCCAAGCAGACAUAGAUAAAUUUAUGGCAAAUGGGUAACGAAAUAGUUAGUAAAUUUCAGAUCUGUUGCAAAUUCUUUUAAGCUUUUACUCCAUAAAAACUUUUGAAAAAAACAUUUGGUUUUAAUGAGAUGAAAAAAAAGUCUAGUUAUUUUAUAUAAAUUUAAUGUAUUUAUUGAUGUUUUCCUUCUUUCAUCAUUAACUUGUUAGAAAUUUUUAAAAAAAAUGUACCAGUGCAAAAAAUUCACAAUUUAAAUUCACUGCAAAAACAUCUGUUGUUAAUCUAUGACUACUGAACUAUUGUUAAAAUAAAUGAUUUUAUACUUAAAUUAACUAUGUUUUUCAAUAGACAUUGCAGUUUUUUUUUAACCCACGAACUGUGGUCGGCCGAAAAAAUCGGCAGACUUUCUCGUUCUGUACUGUGGCGGCCAAAAAAAUCGGCCGAUAAAAAACACGGUCCGAUAGCAACUUCCAAUCCAAUAUUUAACCGGAAUUAUAGCCACUUCCUUUUAUUAAUAAUUAAAUAAUCUUCUGGUUCAAGCUGUUUCGUUGAUAACUUGAAAAUAAAUACUUUUUAAUCUGAGUUUUACAUCGUCUUUUUUUUAAAGCUAAAAUGGUUGAAGCCAUGGCUGGGCCUUCAUGGCAAGAACUAAUAGAAAUAUGUUUGAAAGCUUUUUAGUUGAGGUUAUAAGUGAUACUGGUGAUGAUUUUAACAUUCCCCAUGACGAUAUCAGUUGAGAUUAUUCUUCUCGUGAAUUUUAUACUCAUCUUAGUGAUACUAAAGUAGGCCUACUGAGGCUACUGUUAGACUUUGAGCCCCGCCCGGAGGUUGGGCAAGGUCUGACAGAAUUUUAGUCACAGAAGCUACAGAUUAUAGUUCAGAACUAAUACAUUUUAUAGUUAAACAACCCAAAUCAGUUCCACAGUUCCUUUUUAAAUGUUUAUUAGUCAAUAAUAACUAUUUUGCCUGAGAUUUUGUAUUUUGUAUUUGGUUUUAGCAGUGGUCCCAGUUUCUUAUAUAAAUGACCUAAAAUUACAAAAAUUGCUUUCAGAGGUUUAAUUGCAAUCAAAACCUCAGCAAACUAUACAUUUUCUGAAAGAUAAAUGAAUUGGAUUCAACAUUUAGAUUUGUGUUUUAAGUGUAUCUAUAAAAAUUAAUGAUGUUAUGAGCACUUGAAAGCAAGACAUUUUGUCAAUAUUGUUUUCUUGAGAACUUCAAGGUCAAGGACACGGAGCAAAAUUUUUUUACGGGGUGAGCAAUAUGGCCAACGUUAUCCCCAUCCAUUUACCUUUCUAAAAAUAUAUACUUAUAGGGGUCUUGUAUCAAUAUUUCUAUGUCAUUUAAUGCAAUUUCAAAUUGCACUCAAAAUGCUCUAAAAAGCUCCAAACCACAGAAUGAUACAUGCCACAGUUCGUGGGUUAAAAAUGUCCAUGCUUGUAAACAUGAACCAUUGUCAAAUUUAUUUUAGUAUUUCUUUGUGUUUACUCAUAUAAAAAUACACAAUUAGUGCGAAAAUGUUUUUUGCUUCAAUAUAAAACCAAAAUUUGAAUUGUGUCCAGUAUCUAAUGGGAACUGUACAUACUACAUCUAGAUGUUAAUUGAGAAGUUAAUUUAAUCAGACCUGUUUACUCUUACAAUUUUGGCGUACUAUGUACAAUUUUGAGGUGUAUACAUUAUAUAUGCUGUAUGUUUAUUUUUUUACUAUUAAGAUAAUGUAUUGACGAUUUUGUGAUGAUAUUGUACGAUUUUAAGAGUUUCAGGGUAAACAGGUCUGUUUAAUUAAUCAUGUCCUAUUUUCCCAUCUCAGCGGUCAUAUCAUCAUAGCCACACCAGGACGCCUGGAGGAUUUGUUUCAAAGGAAAGAAGGUGGUUUCAAUUUGGCAGGAAGUGUCAAGUCUUUAGUAAGAGUUCAAACACAAUGAUUAUAACCAUAAUAUAAUUCAAGAAGUGGUUUUAAUUUAAAAGUACUCUCUAUACUGUAGUUUAGGAGAAAAUGUGAUUUAAACAUUUUCUAAAUCCAUCAUAAAAAGUAUAAACCAUUGAUAUUGUUUGUAACUUCCAUUAAUAUUUGCAUCUUUCUUCAACUGAUGAUCUCAUUUAGAUUAACCAAGUUCUGAAAUAGAAACCACUGUUUAAUUUCUAUUAUUUUUCAUUAACUUUUUCAAAUCAUUUAGGAAGUUCUUAUUCUAGAUGAAGCUGACAGACUUUUAGACAUGGGUUUUGAAGCAAGGUAUGUCACUUUUAAAGCAUCAUUUGAUUUAGCUGAAAUUUAAAUGCUGUAAAAUGCGCCUUUUAAUUUAUGAUUUUUAAAGUGUAUUUUAACUACAGCUUUGGUUAUUCAUAAUGAAAAUGUACUGAACACUUAAAAUAAAUUAUGUUGGAAUUCAUCUACAUCAAUGGUAAAUAUAUUUAUAAAAAUUCUUUACUUUAUGAUUCUCCUACAGUUAGCUUGUAUCUGAAGUCUACGCUCUCUUUCAGUAUAUUCAUUGCUAUACUAUAAAUGUGCAGUUGCUAAGUCUGUGUGUUAAAUAAACAUAAAAAUCUACAGUUGUUGACUAGAGUAUCAACAUAUCCCUGUCUUUAACAGCAUCAAUACAAUCCUGAGCUAUUUACCAAAGCUGCGAAGAACUGGGCUAUUCUCAGCCACACAGACAGAUGAAGUAGAAAAAUUAAUAAGAGCAGGACUAAGAAAUCCACUGCAGAUAACAGUAAAAGAGAAGCCCACUAAAGAAGGCAAAAGUCAAAAAACACCUUUCUUGCUAAAAAAUUAUUAUAUGGUAAUGAUUUCCUUUCUGUUUUGUAGCCUCUUACUUUUACAUUUUUUAAUUAAAUUAAAAAAAAAAAAAAAAGGCCAAUUUUAUUUACAUUUUAAUUGCCUUUUAAAAAAAAAUUCUUGUUUUAAUUUUGUUUCUUUACUAAUAAAAAGUUUUAAAAAUAUAAACUUCAAAAGUGUAAAAAUAAGAUUUAAUCAAGCAUUUAUAUCACUAGAGAUUUAGAUUUUUAAAAAAGGAAGUUAUUUAUGAAACAACUUUUGGGCUGUUCAUUCAAAUGCUGAUAAGGGACAUCUUAUAAGUCACACACAUCAAGCAGUUAUAACUUGAGAUUCCCAAGACUGAGACAUUUUAAAAAAAUUUCCAACGUACUGGUUAAUGUUGACCAAUUUUCCAACCAAAUAUCAAAUACCGGUAUCUUGUUAUUAAAAUUCAAAUAACUUGGUUUGUAUUUUAUGCAGGCAAUUUAAAAAUCUACUGUUUUCAAGGAUACGGUGAACUAUAUCUUAUAUAUUAUUAAUUUUUUAUAUAUUUUUUUACAGUUAGUUGAAGCAGAUGACAAAUUUAGUCAACUUGUAAGAUUCCUUCAACUUCAUAAAAAGGAGAAAAUCAUGAUAUUUUUCAGUACAUGUGCAUGUGUAGAUUACUUCUCUUUAUGUCUACAACAGUAAGUCAAUAGAAUAUGAGGUUGAAUUUGAAUAUAUACUUGAAUUAUGUUAUUACCAAAUUGAACAUUUUUAAAAAAUGAUUCUCAUUUUUAAAUGAGUGUAUAUUUAAUUUGUUAAAAUUUGAAUUUAGAUUCAAACUAAACGUGACACUUAAGGAAUGUUUUUUUUAGCUUAGAUAGAUUAACAGUUUGAAGGAAAGAAGACUGGAGAAAUUUUAGAAAUCAUUUAAAUAUUUUAUGGUAAAUUAAAUAUUAGUUUUCUUUACUUAGAAAUUUUUCAAUUAGCAUUUAUGUAAAUGUAUAAAACUUUGCAUGACUUUUAAAAUGAUAAAAUUAUGAUAUUUUCAUUGCAUUUCAAAUAGGAAAUGUAAAAUUUAAUAUAAAAGUUGUUAUGACUCAUUAACUGCUUUUAUUUUUGCAGAAUUCUAAAGAAAUCAGAAAUUUUAUUAAUUCAUAGUAAAAUUAAAAACAAAAGAAACACAGUUUUUUCAGCUUUUAGGUCAAUGAAAAGGUAAGAUAUAACAAAGUACUAAUAGUAUAAUGUAUGUAUAGAGAAUUUUAUAACUGCUAAGCAAGAUCAGUUUUUGAACAUUUUAGACCAAAAAUUAUUGUACUUGCAAUAACUCAAGAUACUGUUACCUAAUUAUUGAUAAAAUAAUGUUCAUAAAGAGCUGAUAAAAUACAAUUGCUUACUGUUUUUAUGUAAAUUUAAAAACAUUUACUUCUAACCCUGAUCUUUUUAAUGAAAAUUUUCUCCAGUGGAAUAUUGAUAUGCACUGAUGUGAUGGCAAGGGGUGUUGAUAUACCAGAUGUUAACUGGGUAAUACAAUACGAUCCUCCAAGCUCUGCCAGGUUUGUGUUUAAUUAUUUUUGUUCAAAAAAAUAUUUCUUUUCCCUCUAAAUUUAAAAUGGUAAAAAAGGCAUACAUUUAAUGCAUAUAAACAUUUUUUGUAUAAUAUCAUCAUCAUCAUCAUGUCCCUUAGUCCUUUGACCAUUGGGGUGCCACAGAUGACAUGUGAACUAUCCUCCUCCAUUCGUCUCUGUCUUCUGCACUGCGCACAGCAUCGCCCAGUGUUAGUCCUGUCCACUCUUUGAUGUUAUCCUCCCAUCUUUUUCUUUGUCUUCCUCUGCCACAGAUGACAUGUGAACUAUCCUCCUCCAUUCGUCUCUGUCUUCUGCACUGCGCACAGCAUCGCCCAGUGUUAGUCCUGUCCACUCUUUGAUGUUAUCCUCCCAUCUUUUUCUUUGUCUUCCUCUUCUUCUCCCUCCUCUUGUGGUGCCCUGCAUGAUUUCUUUGGCAAGCCCUUGUUUCCUUGUUACAUGGCCGUACUAUUGUAGUUUGCGUUUUUUCACAGUCACCAGUAGGUCAUCGUACUCCCCAAUUGACAGGCGAACCCUUUCCUUCACUGUAUCAUUGGAGAUAUGGUCCCUAUAGCAGAUGUAAAAAAUGCUUCUGAAGCAUCUCGUCUCCAUCAACUUUAUUUUCCUUUCAAGAUCGGCUAUUAAUGUUCAGGAUUUGCAGGCAUACAGGAAAAUGGAGAGGACUAAUGAGCGCAUCAGCCUGAUUUUGGACCUGGGGGCUAUAUUUUUGUCAUUCCAUAUUUUCUUGAGCCUCUUUAGUGCUUUUGUAGUCUGCGCAAUCCUGGACAUCUAUUUGGGCUUAUUUGAAGCGGCCUACAGUCUCUAGUCUUUCCUCCCAAACUUAAUUUCAGUGAUGAUGCCUGUGGUGUUAUUUGUCAUCAGUUUUGUCUUUUCAGCACUGAUUAGCAUGCCAUAGGACGAAGAGGUUUUAUCAAGACGCUUUACCAGGUUGGCUAGCUCUUCUUCGUUGGGGGGGGGGGGGGGGUGGGGGGGAGGGGAGGAGCAGGCAGCCUUGUACUCCAACCGUGGUCUUGAACCAUGUUGUUGUUCAGGAAGACUGCACUGGUGGCCUUAUCAUAGAGGUUGCAUAUCAUUGUGGUGAGGUUUGUGUUGAUGUUGUAGUGCCUCAUGGUGGCCCAUAAAGCAGCAUGCCAAACCCUGUCAAAUGCUUUCUUGAAGUCCACAAAGACUUGGUAUAUGUUUUGUUGGUGUUGAGCAUAUUUCUCACACAGUAUUCGGAGUAUUGGAAUCUGCUCAGUAGUGCCCCGUCCUUGUCUGAAGCCCGCCUGUUCUUCAGCAAUGAUUCUGUCGGCAUAUGGUUUUAGUCGGUUCAAUAUGACCUUCAGCAUAUAAUAUCAAAGACAUGUAAUUUUAAAAAUAAGUUUAUGGUUCUACAUUAAAAAAAAAAGUCAUAAUAAAAGUUUGUUUUUUUUCUUCUAGUGCAUUCGUUCAUCGCUGCGGUCGCACAGCUCGUAUCGGUAACCAAGGAAACGCCUUGGUUCUUCUUCUUCCCUCAGAAGAUGCAUACAUAAAGUUUAUUGAAAUAAACCAAAAAGUUCCCCUUUUAGAAAUGACAAAGUUGGAUGAGGUGGUGGAUAUGUGCACAAGGCUCCAAACACUUGCUGUUAAUGACAGGUGAUCCAAAAUUAAACUGUUUUUAUCUUCAUUUUAGAAAUUAAAAUUGAAUUACAAUUAGUAUUGUUUUAGUUCUAAGCCACUGAUAUUUUAAAUAAUUUUUAAUUUUAUAAUUCGGCACAUAGGCAUUUCUAUAUAUUUCUAAAUAUUUCUAUUUCGUUCUGGGAGAACUUCAAAUAAGCCAUCUUGCAAUCUUUCACCAUCACUGAGAUCUAACGAGCAACAUAAGUCUUCUACUUGCACUGACUUAAAAUAUUUUUUCUUUUUUUUUAAUAUGUUUUAAUAAUAUAAGUAAGUUAUUACAUUUGGCGGUGGAAAGGAAUUGAGAUUUAUUCAACAGAGAUCAAAAUCUAUGAUUUGGUAUGUUGAUCUUGUGUUUAAUUUUAAAAGCCAUAUCAUCAGAGCAUUGGUCAGCAUGAUGUGUCUCCUUCCAUCAAUGUUCAUUGUUUUAAUUUAUCAAUUCUGUUUACCUUUACUUGAUAUUUUAGGGCAGUGUAUGAAAAAGGUUUACGUGCAUUUGUGUCCUACAUACAGUCAUAUGCCAAGCAUGAAUGUAACAUGAUUUUGAGAAUCAAAGGUAAGGCGGUAAAAUAAAGCUAGUAAACUAAGCUCAUUUUCAACUAUUUUGAGCACGUAAUCUAUUUUGCCUUGUGAGAUAGUGAAUGCUGAGUGAGGUUUAACAGAAGUGAUGGCCUUAAUAAGUGUUGCAUCAAAGUUUUCUUAUUUUUUCUUUAGAAUUCAUAUAUAUGUCUGUGUCUGUCCUAAACUAUAUGAGGGAGUUUUAUUGAAAACCUGUCAUAGCAAACGUAUUCAAAUUAUCAAAAUUAUAAACAAAAAAUUCUCUACAUUCCUACUUGAAAUAAGGAAUAGAAUUAUCUACUUGUAGCUAUAUUUAUUGAUCCUCUCAAUUUUAUUGUAUGUUUAUCCUUGAAGAAGAUGAUGUGACAUUGUUUGUGGAACUUUUUUGUUUUGUUUGAGUGGACAAAUGUUAAUGGAUUAUUAAUGAGGAUCCUUAAUUCAAGGUUAAUAAUUUAUUUAAGUUUUGGGUUCAUUUGGACAAGGCAUGAAAUAAUCCACUCAGGUGCAUGAUCCAGGCUACAUAAGGUUUCAAGCCAAAAUAACAUUAUUCUGCACUGGCAGGAACUUUUUUUGUGGAGCUGCUCCAGUCCAUAGAACUGUGGUUACAAAAAAACUGGGCUAGGUGGACUCCUUUGUCAGAUACCAUACAAUUACAAUGCAUUUAUUUUUACUAUCUCACUUAGAUCUGGACUUUGGUCGCCUGGCUCUUGGGUUUGGUCUUCUUCAUGUGCCAAAAAUGCCAGAACUCAAAGGGAAAUCACUGUUAUCCUUUCAACCUAUUGAAAUAGAUGUUUCUACAAUACCCUAUAAAGACAAAGUUCGAGAAAAACUAAGAAAAGAAAAAGAAGCAUUGGGAGAAAAUGUGAAGAAGAUCAAAAUGACUCGACCACCAAAGGUAGGGCUGUAUUUUUUUAAAUACAUGAUAUGUGGAAAUCCAAAUAAUAAGAUGACAUAAUUUAAAGUGUACAGUAUUUUUUUAAUCCAUCCAUCCCUGUGGUGCUACAGCCUUCCACUCAGACCUAACUAACGCCUUUCUUUUCUAUGCUUGGACUUUCAACUGCUGUAGAUCAUUUUCCACAUCAUCUAUCCACCUAAGCCUAGGUCUGCCUUUGAGCUUUUUUCCUCUGGGGAAUUGGUGAUGCACCCUCUUCGUUCCUCUGUCAUUUGGCAUUCUCUCUAGGUGUCCUGCCCAGCGUAGCCUGCCUCUUUUUAUUUCUGCUACUAUCGUGGGAUCCUGAUAUAGACUGUAUAAUUCAUGGUUGGUUCGUAUUCUCCAUCCAUAUUCAUCCUUUGUUGGCCCAUAUAUUUUCCUGAGAACUUUCCUCUCCCAUGUGUUUAAUAGGUUUUCUGCUCUUUUUGUUAGGGUUCAGGUUUCACUUACAUAUGUUAAAACAAUUUAAAGACACACCUAUUUCGCAAACACCUUCUGGGAUGAUUGUCAACCUUAUUUUCCAGUUAAUGCAUAAUGGCUGUGUUGCUUGGGGUUGAAAUGGCUAGAAAGACUUUGCAAUUGUAUGCUAGUAAUUAGUUUUUGUAGUGUUGCGUUUGUUUUAAAUGUGGUAAAUUAUAGAUUUGUAUUUUGUUGACUUUGUACCGCGCUUCGAGCCUUUGGGGAUGAAGCGUGUUUUUGAAAUGAACUUUAUUAUUUUUAGUUUUUGUAGUGUUGCGUUUGUUUUAAAUGUGGUAAAUUAUAGAUUUGUAUUUUGUUGACUUUGUACCGCGCUUCGAGCCUUUGGGGAUGAAGCGUGUUUUUGAAAUGAACUUUAUUAUUAUUAUCUGGUCUGAUUGGAGUUUUAUAGUUUUCUUUGUUUCUCUUGUAAUGUUUUUACUUUUGAGUAUUUUCUGACUACUGAAGUAUGCCCUGUUUCCGGCUGAUAUUCUUUCUUUUAUUUCUGUUAGUAAUUCAUUUCUUUCAUUUAACAAGGAUCCUUGGUAUUUGAAUUGAUUUACUUUUUCAAAAGUUUGGUUUCUAAUUUUAAUUGUUUCAUCUGUUUGUUCUUCUCUUAUCAUGGUCAUGUAUUUUGUUUUUUGGUUGUUAACUUCCAGCCCUGCUUGUAGAGAUGUGUCUUCUAAUUCAAUGAAGGAUUUUGAUACGUCUUUAAUACUUUUCCCUAGAAGUGCUAUGUCAUCAGCAUAUGCGAGAUACUGAAAUGGUUGGUUGUAGAGAGUGCCCGUUGGUUGUGGGUUUUGAGUUUCCCUCCUGUUAUCGUUCCUCGAGUGUCAAUGUCUAUGUUUCUAAUAACUCUCCCUAAUGUUGGGUUAAAAAGCAUACAAGACAGUGAGUCUCCCUGUCUUAUUUUUUUAAUGCAUGGUAUAAAUAAUAGUUUAAGAGAAAGAAAGUUUUUAUUUUCCAACCUUUUUCGCCCUAAGCCCCACAUAUCCAAAAAAGAUUAGUGGAACAGCUAAAAAACAAGAAGUCUCCAUGCUGCUACAAGAAAGAUUUAAAUUCAAAUUGCAGUUCUAGAUGUUCCAUCUUGUAGGAUAAAAUGUAUAAUAAGUGAGGUACAAACAAUGGUGGUUAACUUUUUAAAAAAGUGACUACCUAAUAAUUCCUCCUCCUUUCCUUAUUUAUAAAUGGUAAGACAUGUCCCCCAUCGGUAAAUUGUCCCUACAUUCGUAAAUACUCUCCAAUUACAUCUUUUGCAAUUAUUUUAUCUUAUAAAAUUAUAUAUAUACACAUAGCUUUUUUUUUUUAGAUAAUAUUAAAAAUAUUAUCUUGUCGUAAACAUAAAUUGUUCCAAUAUUCUCUUGCUCUACUUUUUGUUUACAGACUGUUGCUUGGUCCAAGCAUAAAGAUAGAAAAGAAAAGAGGAAACAAAAGAAAGAUGACAGACUAACUAAAGCUGAGAAAAGAAAGCUCGAGACAAAAAAAGAGGAGGAGUUUGAUGAAUUUGAUGAUGACAUUAGAUUGAUUAAGAAACUGAAAAGAGGAAAAGUAAAUAACUUCUCAAGAUGUUAAUUAGCCUUUUAUAUAUAUAUAUAUAUAUAUAUAUAUAAUUUUACAUUGUGGUGAUUAGGGAUAGUAAUUAUGCUUUUUGAACAAUUUCAAGUUCAUCCGAUACCACUACUAAUUUUCCUGUUUGAGGGUUGGACUGGGAUAAAGCUUUCAUAAGAUUAAUGAGACACAAACUAUUUGGGUAAAUGCAACAAUUUAGAUUAAGCUUUAAUUAUGGUCACAAAGAACACAAUUCCAAACAUCCUUAUUACAAUACAAUUUUUAUGUACGAUACAUAUGUGUGUCUAUAUAUAUAUGUAUGUGAAUUAAAUUUAUAAUUAUAUGAAUGUUUUUGUUGUACUGAUGAAGGCAUUUGCCAAAAAAUUUGCAUUUAUAUUCUGUGUAACCCUAAUUAAAGCUAAACCUGUAUUGUUUUACACUAAAUGUUUGUGUCCCAUUAAUCUAAAUUUUGCUUUAAUUUUUUUCUUUGACCUUAAAAUUACUAGUUGAGUUGAGUCUAGCAAAAAUCUGCAAUCCCAUUUAAACCUACUUAAAUUAAAAAUCCUGCUUUAUUUUAAACAAAGUACAGGUUCUGUUACAUUUAAAUGAGUAAAUAAUUUUGUAAUUAAAAUGUUAUUAAUUUGAUAAUAUGUAACAAGAUUUUAAUAUUUUCUUAGAUAUCGAAAGAGGAAUUUGAUAGAGAAUUCGGCAAUGACAACAAGGAAGACUUUGGAGAUGAAGAUGAAAAAGAUGGAGAUACCAGUAUCUUAAAAAAUUAAAUUUAGUUUGUUCAUUUGUAAAUUAUAUUUUGAAAUUAACAUUAAAAAUUUGUAAAAUACU